GAGUUGGUAACACAGUAACACUGAUUAUGAGUCAGAUGACGUCACAAUGUGUAUAUAAAUAAGAACCCCUUGUUUGUAAUCUAAUCAGAGAUUUAUUUUGUAAUAUGUACAUUAAAGAAUUAAAUUAAUAUUUACGCGCAUUUAAGAAAACGUUAAACGUUUUGCGUUGCAAUUGUGUGUGCACAUUUUACUGUUAUGGAAACAGAUUUGAGAUCGAUAUUUCGUGUAAACGUUAUAGCUGUUAUCAAAUUUUUAAAACAUUUAUUUAUUUAAUUGAAUUGAAUAGAACGAACUUCAAACAUUCGGAAAAAAAUAAUCUUCUUUCAUUUUAAACACUUGAGGAGCAACAAAAUGCAGCCUUCUUUUAAUGGAAAAUUAGAAGAAAUACCGUUUAUAAGCAUUGACAAUUUUUCUUACGAGAGGGACCAUGUAUCUGCAUAUUUCUUGAGCCAUUUCCACGGAGACCACAUUUCUGGCAUAGAACGCUAUGGUUUGAUAAAACUCUUAGUAAAAAGGAAGAUAUAUAUCUACACUUCUGAAGUUACGGUUGCAAUUAUAAAAGUAAGGCAUCCGGAUUUAGAGCCACACUUGAAAAGCUUGGCGCUUGGCCGUAAUGCGUUAUCAAUUCAGACAAAGGAUGCAGAAGAGUUUCUAGGAGUAACAAUGUUGCCAGCUGGCCACUCGCUGGGCUCUGUCAUGUUCCUGUUUGAAUACAAAAACCAAAACAUAUUGUUCACUGGCGAUUUCAGAAUAUCGAAAAACGACGUUGCGAAAUAUAAACAUUUGCAAAACAAUGGGGAACCCAUUAAAAUUGAUGUUUUGUAUGUCGAUACGACCUUCCAAGACCGGCCUUCUUUCCCAAAAAGGUCUGAAGUGGUCAGUGACCUGAUACCACAUAUAAAACAUUGGCUGGCUGACAACCCAGAGAAUGUGGUUCUACUGAGCGUAUCCGCCAUGUUCGGUUACGAAGGCGCUUGUAAUCAAAUAUAUGACGAAAUUAAAAUUAAAGCUAACGUCAAUGAAGACGAUUGGAAGAUUUUUAGGCAAUUUCCGAAACAAAUAUACGGCGUGACGGAUGAAGAGUCGAGGAUUUUACUUAGGACAAGAAGAAGUAGCCACCUACCGCAAGUACCGCUACAUAAUAUUCUUACUUUAGAUUUUUCGGCAUUGCAUUGGACGUCACCUAAUUUAGAAGAGGAGUUUUUAACAAAAGAAAGUGAUAAUAGAAUCUCUGUCUGCUACUCCACGCACUGCGGGCGCGACGAGCUGAUGCAUUUCAUCAACUACUUGAACCCAACAAUCAAGAAAGGGUUUCCUAAAGAUUUCAAGGAAAAUAAUUCUAAAUUGACAUUUUAUUCCAUCUUCACGAACCGUGAUGGGGACGCGAAGGAAAAUUACGAAAUUUCACCCAAAAAGAAAAAAAUCGUUAGGAAAAACGAUGACAAUCGGAAAAGCUCUGGUGGUAAAAGGAAAUUGGCCGAGGUACUUGACUGGUGAAGUGGUAAAUGGCAAAGUCAACAUUACUUAUUUCAAAUAGACCAGGAAGCAACUUUUGAACGUCAAAGCAAAUAUAAUAAUAUUAAUAACGUCUGUCUGUCGGUCAGUCCUCUAGUUGCUCUAUUUGCUCGUUCUUUUUCAUAGGAUCCUUCCUAUGAAAAAGAACGAGUAAGAAACUCCAUAGGUUACUCUUUAGGUUAUAAAGUAUUGUAUAUUGUAUAUAUAUUUUUUUACAUUUAAUGGUAGACCCAUUAAAUGUAAAAAAAUAUAUAUAUAUAUAAAUAUAAAUAUAUAAAUACGUAUAAAUAUUUUUAUAAUGAAAUAAAUAUGAAAAUAAAACGAAUGUUUUUAUUUUAAUCUGUUUUCAA